CUUCCAAGCAACAACCAGCCCGACCCAAGCACUCCUAGCAGCGGUACGAAGGAACGACAGGUUCGCACGCAUGUCCCUCCGUCCCAGGAGCCUGUUUGCUCUCGCUACAACUAGGCAUCCGCUCGUACGGCAUGCCACCGUCCAAACAGGCCCACAAAGCACAAACGGCGCCUUCAAAAUUGACCUGCCAAAUCUAUCCGGCGCAGGUCCCUUUGGCGAAGUUCCAAAGUUUGAGGUGAUUGGAUCGCCCUUUAGCUUGCUCAAUGCAUCGAUUCCUGCCGAGGCCGUGCUUUAUACGCGUCGUGGAACUCUGGUAGGUAUCAACGGCGAUGCGAAAAACUUGACAAGCACACUCAGCAUCUUCAAUAGCGGCUUCCUCGGCACAGUCUCAAGAGCAGUCGGUGGUCUGCCUUUCAUCUACCAAAAACUGCGCUCGUCCGACCCUUUCACAGCUUUGAUUGGCACGCAGUCAACAGCGACAUCCUUUGCGGUCCUGGAACUCGAUGGCCGACUGGACUGGAACAUCACAGGCAAGCAGGCUCUUAUUGCAUGGUCAGGUGUACAAGCAUCUGUCAAGCAAGAGAAUGUCGAUGGUUCCAUUUUACAAGCUUCCACGCACCUGACUGGCCGCGGAUCGGCUGUCGUUGCUGGACAGGGACAAAUAUACCAGCUUGUGCUCCAAGCGACUGAUCAGUACGUCGUACAUCCAUCACACGUCAUUGGCUACGGCGUAUCUUGCCCGAGACCUAUGCCUGUAAGCCUCAAAUUUGUCAACAUCAGUUUGCCUCUCAAGCUGCCAUCCCUGUCAAACUGGCUGCUGCGGUACGAGUUCUUCAGGGUCAUGGCCAAGACUGAUACCUGGUCUUUUAUGAAAUCGGCAGCGACAAAAGUUAGGCUCUUCUUUCGUCGAGUCGUUCACGGUAGCAGUGCAUAUGUCCGCUUCACAGGACCUACCACACUCCUGCUACAAUCUCGCACCAAUAUCAAAUUUGGCGGCGAGCGUGAUGUCGUGGAAGCACCGAUGCCGGAUGUGCAGGGAGAGCGGACGCCAUCAACAAAGUCCUAUGCUGGCAGUCUCAAGAUUGCUAGUGUAGAGAACGGCAGGGUCACGCUCGAGGAUACGCCAGACUUGUCAAGCUUCAAGCGGUGAGACAAGGAAAAAUGUGGGAAGCAUAGCAAAGAUACCAUAUUUGUACAUCUACUAUUUCACAAUGAUGCCCGGCCACCGUGCUGCUUUGCAAUGGCGAGAC